AUGGAUUAUAUAAGUAAAGGAGAUAGGGUAAAUGUCCUGGUGAGAAAUGUUACAGGCGUGGUAGGUUAUAUAGGUGAGACCCAUUUUGCUGAUGGAGUUUGGUAUGGUGUCGUUUUAGACGACGCAAAGGGAAAAAACGAUGGCACCGUCGACGGAGUGUAUUACUUUGGAUGUCCAAACCAUCAUGGAGUCUUCGUACGACGACACCAAUUGAAGAAGGAAGUUCACCUGGACAUGCAUAAUGCUUCUAUAAUUCCAAGAAGCGCUCAGCAUGUUACUCGUUCACGAUCCCAGGCAGUUAUGCCCAUCACAGAAAACAAUUUCCACUCAUGCAUACAGUUUAUGAAUAUAAAUAAUAACAUGCUAGAUUUUAAGGCUGUUUUGAUUAUGAAAGACCGAAAACUUUUUGAAGUUGUUGAAAAUAAUAAUGUUCUUGCGGAGCAGCUGGAAGCUAUGCAUCAAGCAGCUAAUACAUAUUGCAAGGACCACUACAGGAUGUUGGAGAUUGCAAGCUCUUUCGAUACGGAAUUGAAGAACAAGGAGGUUGAACUAAACUAUCUUAAAGGUUAUAACAGAAAAAUUAACUUGGCUUUACAAAAAUCAGAAAAAAGGAGAAUAUUUUUGGAGAAAAAUCUACAGAAAUUCAUGCAUCUUGCAGAGCAUGUCAUCAUAGAAAAGGAAAUUGCUGAAGCAAAUAACGAACAACUCCUCUUUCAGUUGAGGGAAUGUGAGGAACGAUGUGAGAACCUUGCAUUGGAACUGGAUGUCAAAAAAGAAGAGAUGGAAAUCCAGAAAAUAGACGAAUUACCAGCUAAACAUUACAUCAAGGAACUGAAAGAGAAAAAUAGGGUACUCAAUGCGGCUUUAUUGAAGCUGAGAGAAUAUUACUUUGAUCAAAGGGAACAAACAAAAGAAGCCAAACAACUUUUAGAAAAUAAUUUAAAAAUAACCGAGUCUUUGGAAUUGACGAGGAUAAACUUAUUACACGAGAUUGAAAUGCGUGAAGACGAAAUUAAUGACCUAUUUCAGAGUAUAGAUGACUUGAUGACUGCUGAUGAAGUAGUUUUUGACGUGAUUGACCGCAAUACAAGAUACGAGCAAGAUAUCAUAAAUUUAUAUCGCAAGAUCGACGAAAUUGAAGAGGAGCUGGAAAUAAGUACUGAACUAGAACAAGUUAUGCAAGAAAUCAUAUUUCAAGAUAGGGAAGAACUACAAGAGCUAAUAACAAAACUUCACCUGACUAUAACGUCGUUGGAACAAGGACGUUACAUCUUGAAGGAACGUGAUUACAUUAUUGAGCAAUAUAAGGAUCUAACUUCUCAAUUUCGAAAAGAAAACUUCGACUUGUGUCUAACGCUACAGAAAACAAUUCUGGACAAAAAGAAUGCCGUCAGAAAGGCUGAAAAACUGAAACUUUAUUUCAAUCAAAUCCAUUCGAUUCGCAUGUCUUCUAUGGGGUCCUUUGAAAUUGGCGACAGAGUCAGGGUCUUGGGUAAAGACGCCACUGGUAAAGUUGCAUACGUUGGAAAAAUCCACACAGCCAGAGGAUUAUGGAUUGGAGUUAGUUUGGACGAGCCUAAAGGACGCAUCAAUGGCACCGUAGAUGGGAGAAGAUAUUUCAAAUGCGAGCGCAACCAUGGCGUUUUUGUUCGAUCUUGCGAACUCGAAGAAGACUGUCCAGAAAACAACAAAAAAACUAAUAAAUCAUCAAAAAAUUACCCAAACUAUUUAAGGAAUACGGCUAAAAAGAGGCAAGACGAUGACAUUUUUAGGACAAAAUGUAACAAGGACCAUGAUGUAAAACAAACGGUUACAAAACAAGAAAUACCAUCUAUUCGAUCCCAAAAUGUGAAAGCAAGGGCGUCUAACAAAUGUCGCGAGUUGAAAAAACAUGAUUCUGAAGAUGUGGAAGAGAAGCUACAAUUAACCCAAGGUUUGCUUCAAGAAAUGUCAAAAAAGUACUGCAAAGCUCUAGAAGAAGUAACAGAAUUAAAAAAAGAGUUGGAAACGGAAAUGAAGAAGAAUCAAGUACUCACAAAUCACAUAGCUUUGUUAAAGAUCAAAGCACAAUCUAGUGACGAGGUAGAAAAUAAAAACGUCACCAAGCCAAGUGAACAUGUAUAUCAGGCUUCAUAUACUGAAGUAAUGCUUAUUAUACUAGACAAGAAAAAGCUUAUUGAAGAUGCAAAUUACAUUACCAAACACAAUCAACGCAUCUUCAUUGCUGCAACAUGUACUGUCUGA